AUGAAGGUCAGAGAGUUUCAAAAGAAAGAUCCAGACCAAGCUUAUGCAAUUUGGAAGCAUGGAAUGUCAGUCGAUCUGACAGAGCAAAGGAUCGACUGGAUUUUCAAUCUUUUUCACGUCCGCCUCAUCCUGCUAGCUCUACCGCUUGUAGUUCUCUAUUGUGGCUAUGGAACUACCCCGGUCGGUUUUCUCUAUGCAAUUGUCCCAUCUGGUCUUCUAAUUGCUUUCUUGCGAUAUAUGGUUCACUACACUUUGAAUGGCUACGUAGCUACAAGAACAGACAUGCUCAAUAUUCAAAAACACCACGGAAAGCGCUUUCUUGUCGCAGAGAACGAAGAUGGAGAAAUUAUCGGGACCGUGGCGUACUCUGAAAAAACAAAAAUAUCUACUUUCAAAGGAGAGAGAAUCGGGAAAAAGACGUGGGAAAUGUUCUCGAUGAGCGUCAAAAAAGAGGCAAGACGACUGGGAGUGGCGAACAAAAUGCUUGCCGAGCUUGAAAAACGAGCAAGAGGUGCGAAAAUACAGAAUAUCGUUUUCACUGCUACGACGCCUCAAGUACCAGCAGUUAUUUUCUACAGAAAAUGUGGCUACGAUUUUGAAUUUGAAGAUUUUCCAGCUCUCGACCGAGGCUUUAUCGGUGCGAUUAUUGCUGACUGCUUUUUCAAAUUCUGUAAAAUGAAUAUAAUCAAGUUUCACAAAGAAAUUUAA